AUCCCUAGUAUCAAUCGUGUGUUUCGACUUUUCCAGGCCAAAAAGAAAAAGGUUUUUCCCUGCAGAAAAGUGCCUUUCGCGCAAGGAAUCUUCGAUGUGGUCGCUUUAAGCCAGCAGCAAGAUUGCAUUUUCGAAAUUUUCCGCCUGCAGCUGGCCCUGGACGUGCUUUGUAUCCGUGGAGAACAGAGACGCAAAGAUAGACGCCGUGUGGGGUUGGGUUGCUUCCGGCCCGCUGCGCUUAGCAGCGAACAGAAUGGGCGACCUGCCGGGCUCGGGCUCCACCGCUCAACCACGGGAUGCUGCUGUCACCGGAACAGGUGGUAAUUCCACGGCUGGUGGCGGCUCCUCCGUUGGAUCGACGGCAGUGGACCGACCUCCGUCGCCCGCCCGCCUCUCUCACACUUCCGAGAAACAUCCGAAGGUCACGCUCACGGAACUCAAUAUGCUGCGGCGCCAUCGGGAGCUCUGCGAUGUGGUCCUGAACGUGGGCGGGCGGAAGAUCUUCGCCCACAGGGUCAUUCUGUCCGCCUGCAGCUCCUACUUCUGUGCCAUGUUCACCGGUGAACUGGAGGAAUCGCGCCAGACGGAGGUCACCAUACGCGACAUCGACGAGAACGCCAUGGAGCUGCUUAUUGACUUUUGCUACACCGCCCACAUCAUCGUCGAGGAGUCCAAUGUCCAGACGCUCCUUCCCGCCGCCUGUCUGCUGCAACUUGUUGAGAUUCAAGACAUCUGCUGCGAGUUCCUCAAGCGACAAUUGGACCCCACCAACUGCCUGGGCAUCCGCGCCUUCGCCGACACACACUCCUGCCGGGAACUGUUGCGGAUCGCCGACAAGUUCACGCAGCACAACUUCCAGGAAGUGAUGGAGAGCGAGGAGUUCCUGCUGCUGCCCGUCGGCCAAUUGGUGGACAUAAUCUGCAGCGACGAGCUGAACGUGCGCUCGGAGGAGCAGGUCUUCAACGCGGUCAUGUCCUGGCUCAAGUACAACGUCGCCGAGCGGCGACAACACCUGGCGCAGGUACUACAACAUGUCCGUCUGCCUCUACUCUCUCCAAAGUUCCUGGUGGGCACGGUGGGCUCUGAUCUCCUGGUGCGCAGCGACGAGGCCUGCCGGGAUCUGGUGGACGAGGCCAAGAACUAUCUGCUGCUUCCGCAGGAGCGGCCGCUGAUGCAGGGACCGCGCACCAGACCUCGCAAACCGACACGGCGAGGUGAAGUGCUGUUCGCAGUGGGCGGCUGGUGUUCCGGCGAUGCCAUUGCCUCCGUGGAGCGCUUCGAUCCGCAGACAAACGACUGGAAAAUGGUCGCUCCUAUGAGCAAGCGGCGCUGCGGAGUCGGCGUGGCCGUGUUGAAUGAUCUACUGUAUGCAGUGGGCGGUCACGACGGACAGAGCUAUCUAAACAGCAUUGAGCGGUAUGAUCCGCAAACCAAUCAGUGGUCCUGCGACGUGGCGCCUACCACUUCCUGCCGCACUAGCGUAGGCGUGGCCGUGCUCGACGGCUUCCUGUAUGCAGUGGGUGGCCAGGAUGGCGUUCAGUGCUUGAACCAUGUGGAGCGAUACGACCCCAAGGAGAACAAGUGGUCAAAGGUGGCCCCGAUGACCACACGACGGCUGGGUGUGGCGGUAGCUGUCCUUGGUGGAUUCCUGUAUGCAAUUGGUGGCUCCGAUGGACAGUGCCCGUUGAACACUGUGGAGCGCUACGAUCCCAGACACAACAAAUGGGUGGCUGUUAGCCCGAUGUCCACGCGACGCAAGCACCUGGGCUGCGCUGUCUUUAACAACUACAUUUACGCCGUCGGCGGACGGGACGAUUGCAUGGAGCUCUCGUCCGCCGAGCGCUACAAUCCACUGACCAACACCUGGAGCCCCAUCGUGGCCAUGACCUCGCGUCGCAGUGGGGUUGGCUUGGCCGUCGUGAAUGGACAGCUGUAUGCGGUAGGCGGUUUUGAUGGGUCCGCGUAUUUGAAAACCAUCGAGGUCUACGACCCAGAGACCAACCAGUGGCGUUUGUGCGGCUGCAUGAACUACCGCCGACUGGGCGGCGGCGUGGGCGUGAUGCGGGCCCCCCAGACUGAGAACUAUAUGUGGUGCGAAAACAGUUUUAAGCAACAAAAUCCCUGAAACUAUUCCAACUCCUUGCCCUUCCAUUGCUGAUGAAAUACUGUUGUUUGUCUCUUUCUCCCCCAAACACAUGCUAUCGAGUACAGGAUUCGCAAGGAUUCUGUUGUCUGAUGGGAGCAGCAGCCGACGACGUUGCCCUCGCAAACGUUGCCGCCGCCGCAUUUCUACUAACAAUAUUCGCAAUCGAAGCCAAAUCUAAUCAACUAAAUCCCUUUCACCCCAUUGUCUAGCAGUAGUAAUCGCAUUGUAUUAAUUGUUAAUUGUUUAUUUGGUAGAGCCUGAAGCGCGUGUUUGUUAGACUUUCCCAGAAUAGUAUUAGAGUUAGCAUAACCCCUUCGCUCCCGUACACCUGCAAUCUCACUCAUCCCCAUCUUUUCGUAAUUAUACAUGAUUCUACUCUAAGCAAGUAUAUUUUAUAAAAAACGUAAUUUCUAAAUGUUGCUGGUGUUAUUUCAUGGAAAUAGCUAGCUCGUAACCAUGCCUUCUUCAAAAAAAAAAACAGAAUCAAAUAUUAAAUUAGAAACGAA